CCUUGUGUGGUAACGUUUUCGUAUUCAAGAUUCUCGUGAAGUCGCGCCUCUCUUGAUGGUGGAGGACAUGAUUGUUAGUUUCCGGUCUUUUCCAAGAAGCUUUUGUCAACGUUGAUGCAUCAGCUGUUUCACGCGCACAUUGCAUAGUUAUGCACUUCAUUCCAUGCUAGUUGUGCACGAAUGCUGAUGACUGUAUUCACGCUGCUAAUGACACUUAUUAUCCUCGAGUUUCAACUUUCAGAGAGCGCACCGAUUAGGGAUUACAGGCGUCUGUCGUAGCUGUGGUGUAGCCAGCUUCCGGUCUGUCAGGUUUUACAUAAGAAUUUCCUCAAGACAGGAUACAACUGUGCAUCAGAAGGCCACCACAGUCUGGCGUUUUCCUUCCCUGAGGCGGUUCGGUAUUUACUGGAAGACAGUAGUGCUCUCUGGAACAGAGAAGCAAAAUUACAGAGAAAGACUCUGGUGCGCAAAGGAAUACUUUAGCGUGUAGAGAAAGUGUGAGUAGAGAGAGAGAAAAAAAACUAGUCUGUAAAGGAAGUCUAUGUAGUGUAGCAGAUAUCUAUGAAGAGGAAAACUGGUGUGUAGAUGAUAAAGAGUUUGUAGAGGAAGACUGGUGGUGUGUUGAGGAAGAGCCAACCGCUGUCAGUGACGAUUCUGUCGUCACAUCACGCAGCACGCGCGCAGUGGACAUGACCACGAGUUAUUUGUUUCUGGGACUGGGUGGAGGUUAAUGUUAGGAAGAGGGUUCACGUGGAAUUCGACAAAGACACUUGGCAACGGAAACAGCCUCGUUCUGUUGCAUCGCUGAUGAGGCGUGCACGCAGACAGCACCAGAAGCAGAGCAAGCGCAUCGGUUCUCUGAAACCGAGUAGGGGGAGGGGAACUCCGCUUCUGAUUAGGUCUUUGGAAUUCCUAGUAGAAAGCAGCACUGCUUGUGGAGAACGAUUAACUCGAAUCACCGACAGCAUCCGUCAUCGUUUCAUCUCAACUGUUACCAACACCGUGCCUUGACCCUACCAUUACCACGGGUGUGUUACCAGUUCGGUGGUGGAGCACUUACCGGGGAGUACUUGCUUGCAGCCAGCAUCACGACGGCGAUGGUAGCUUCAUGCCUCAAGUUGCACAGAUAAGAUCAUCACGACUGUUGAUUUUAGCAAGCUUUUGUAGUCUAUACAGAAUCACCGGAAAAAAAUUUAAGCACGGAUAGCUUAAAUAGCUUUAUUUAAAAUAUCCUCAAAAAAGAAAAAAAAAAAAGAGAAAGAUAGAGACCCUCGACGAUGCCUGCGACACCAGAGUGGAGUCCAUGGUCAGAGCCCGAGAACCAAAGCAUCUUGUUAUACGACUCCUAUUUCCUAUUCGCCAAUGAGACGCAUCCUCUGCAAAGUCAGCGUCUGGUGCCGACAGUGUUGUGUGUGUCCACUAUGAUCUUCUUCGCCGUCGGUGGUAACCUGCUGGUGCUGCUGUCGUACUGCAGGGACCCCCGCCUCCGCACCGUCAGCAACGUCUACAUUUGCCACCUGGCCAUCUGCGACCUGCUCCUGGGCGGAGUCAGCAUGACUCUGCAUCUCUACUUGACAGUUUCCCGCGACGACUGGCGCCUAGGAGCAAUCUUCUGUAAACUAUACCUGAUGAACGACUACACCCUCUGCGCCCAGUCCGCGUUCUUGGUCGUGCUCAUCAGCCUGGACAAGCUGCUCAUCCUGCGCAAGGGCAUCCUCUACGUCACUGAGGAGACUAAGCGCAAAGCUUACGUUAGAAUCGGCCUGGCGUGGCUGGCGGCUGUCUUGCUGUACAGCCCCGCGAUUCUUAUCUGGGACUACUGUGUAGGCUACUCCGUCCUGGGUCCACACCAGUGCGACACCGAGUUCUACAGCAACAAUAUCUUCACCCUCACGACGGCCAUCAUCGAAUUCGUGGGUCCCUUCACUGCUCUCCUAAUCUUGAAUACCUGCGUGUACUUGGAGAUCAGAAAAAGAACCACAAAAUUCCGCAAACAACGGCCAGUCAACAUGGCUCCUGCCGGUGCUCCAGAACAGAGAAGUCUUCGUGGAGCGCCUCGUGCCAUCAGCGACAGAGGAAGCGACAAUAAAUAUGGUAGCGGUGGUGACCCGUUGUUUGUGUUGUUUCCAGACAGGUGUGGACCAACGACAUGUCCGAUAAUGAACGACAGAGGCGAUAAUGACGGAAAUAAUUCGGGAAGCUCCGAGGAUUCGACGUCAGAAGACAACAGCAGCUGGCUACAAACCAUGGACAGCAGAUCGCGAAGCUCACCGGAAGAUGCCGAGGUCAAGCCCUCGAGGACGCAGUCCUGCUCUCGAACGAGCUUGUACGGAAGAAUAUUUGGUCGCCAUUCACAGAAGAAGACGAUGGACACCGCGACAGAAUCAAGCUCUCCUGAAGUGGAAUCUUCUGCGGUGGCGAAUGAUCCCUCAUUACAUCAUGCUACGGACUCACAUGGAGAUUCGCCACCUGCAGAUAACUCGUGCCAGGAGUCGUUUGGACCCCGCUUGUUGUCUGGAGGUCAACUGGUGAGGGACAUUCAAAGAUCUAAUGACAACCAGCAGCAACAAAUAAUUACAGGCAAGGAUAACAAUCGCAAGGUGUGGCUGCCAACAUUAACAUUUAAUACUCUCGAAAAGAAGGACUUGGGUCAGAAUCGUGCAGGUCCCUCAGCCUCAAGGAAAGGCGUAGCCAUCGAAGACUGCUGAAUGCCAACGCAUUAAAAUUUCGCAAGGACCUAAAAGCAGCCAAAAAUCUCUUCGUGUUUAUUUUUACUUUUGCUCUUUGCUGGGCCCCUUACACAAUCAGUACUAUUAUCAUCGCAUACUGCCAAGACGACUGCGUGGACGAA